AUGGUAGAUCGCUUUAAGCUGAACUCACUCACUCUACAUUAUGCCUAUUUUAUUCUGACACCUAUGAUCGUCAGUGUCGUAUUCUAUCUUUCUGCGCAUCAUGAUGAUCUUCACUAUAUCGAUGCAUUGUUCAUGUGUUUCUGUGCUAUUACGGGCACUGGAUUGAACGUGGUGAACCUGUCAACACUAAAUGCAUUGCAGCAAGGCAUUCUUUUCACCCUCCUCAUCUUGGGUCACUCCAUUCCCAUCUUCGGGGUCCGCUCCUUGGUUCGAGCAUGGAAGCUUCGCUCUGCGUUGAAAAUAGACUCGGAAAGCCAAAAUGUGGAGGAAAUGGCAGAAGAUAAGAGCAAACCAAAGACAACGGCCACCGUAAUGGAGUUGCCACAGUGCCUUCCAUCUCCAAAUGAGUCAGAUUCGCUACAAAAAGACUACGGUUUUAUUACUUCCGUUGAUGGAACAAAUCCAGUCUAUACUGAGCGGGCGAUCCCAAGCCCCAUGGAUGGCAGCGAAACUCCUACAUCGAAUGCAAAAAUUUGCAAUGUUCGGGUGGCCACCAGAUUAAGGAGUACGAUACGAUUGGCAGGAAACCUUAUUAAGUCACGAGGUUCAAUCGACUAUGAUCAAUCAGGUGGGCUAGAGUAUCUAGCUGUUUGCUUGAUAUCAGCAUUUGUUAUUAUUUACUUCAUCUCCUUCCUUUGUUUGGGAAUUAUGGGUGUUGGUAUCUGGUCCCAUUUUCUGCUUUCUGGGGAGGAGCCUUUCUCGCUGCGUCCGCAUUCUCCAACAAUGGCAUGUCGCUCAUCACCACCAAUAUGGGCCCUUUUCAAAGAGAUCAUUUCUGAUGCCGAACCAAACAGGGCUUUUCCACUUCUGGUCUCUGGUUUUUUAGUUCUCGCUGGCAACACGCUUUUCCCAUGUCUACUGCGUCUUUUCAUCUGGACUACCAGAAAAGCUUUGCCAGAUCAACCCAGCUGGCAGUCAUGGCGCGGAGCUCUCGAUUAUACUCUUGCCCAAUCUCACAAUGUGAGUUAUCCCAAUUUUCUCUCUACAAAGUUGAGGCUUACAAGACCAAAGAUAUGCGAUUAUUUGUAUCCUACUUGGCACACGUUGUUUCUGUUAGGGACAGUCGUUUCCCUCAAUUGCAUCAUGUGGGGUGCAUUUGAACUUUCUGCGAUUCACAAUGAGGAGAUUGCAGCUCUUCCUCCUAAAUAUCGAGUGCUUGAUGGGCUUUUCCAAGCUUUAUCUGUGCGUGGUGGUGGAUUUUCUAUCGUGGCGUUUGAUAGAUUGCCACAAGCUUUGCUUAUUCUAUAUGUAUCGACAGCCAUCAGGUAUGCCCUAUUGUCACUAUUUACUUGCACUGAUUCUAACGCCUUGACAGCAGCCUCGAAGUAUACAAAAGGUCCCGGUCCACGCCUCUCACGCCUUGCGCGAGGUCGCUUCGUGUACCAACAGAUCAGCUCUCAAUUCAACAACGAUAUGUGGUGGCUUUGCCUUGCCGUUCUUCUGAUCACCGUCGCUGAAUCCAAUAAUUACAAAUCCGAUCCCAUGGCAUUCUCUACAUUUAACAUCAUUUUCGAGGUAGUAUCUGCAUACAGUUGUGUCGGAGAGAGUAUCGGAUAUCCCGGGAAAAGCUAUGCUUUCUGUGGCGAGUGGCACACAUUCAGCAAAUUAUUGCUGAUUGCAGUUUCGUUACGAGGCAAAAUCCGCAGUUUGCCGAUUCCCAUUGAGAGCAAUGCCAUUCUCCAGGACGAAGCCCUUCAAAAUUCGACGCAAAAUUCGACGUCGAAGGUGUAA